GUGAGAGAGUGAAUGAUAGCGAGGGUCUGAAGGAAUACGCAUGUGUGAUCAGAGCAAACAGGAAAGGAGCAGAAGAGAGACAGGGGGUCUACAUUGAUUUCAGGCAAUCUCAGCACUGGAGCCUUACGUCCCGCCUCGAGGAGGGCUGCCUCUCUGACCACACACACACACAUAUAAACAGAGUCACCAAACGCAGCUGCAGAGAUACAGACGGAUACCGAGAGGCUCUGAGGGAGACUCUGUUGUCAUGGCAGAUGUAGAAUCUCUCAACGAGGCCCUGAAGGCCAUCAGUGUCAGCACAGAGCUGGUGGAGGAGGAGUUGAAGCCCCAUCUGGAUGUUCUGCUGAACCUCCUAUUGGAGAAAAAGAAAGGAACAGCAGAGAAAAUAGCUUCCAGUGGUGUUCUGCCCAUACUGGCUCAAGUCCUGAGGAAGAAGAGUCCCCUCACUUCUCAGGUUACCCUGUUGGUGGCAGAGGUGGCCAGGGAAGCUGCUGUGAGGGAGCGCUGCAUUGAAGCAGGUCUGGUGACCGCGUUAGUGCCUUUACUGAAGAGCUGUAACCAGGACCAGUUGCUGCACACCGGCCGAGCAAUUGGACGUAUCUGCUUUGAAAAUGCUGUUCAGCAGACACAGCUGGUGGAGAAUGGAGUCAUCCCUAGGCUGGUGACAAUAAUGCAGCAGUAUCCCGAGAAUGACCUGCUGGUAAACGUCUGCCUGCUGGCACUCUGCAACCUCGCAGAUGUGGAUGCUGCACGUGAGGCCCUGGCUGAAGUGGGUGUGGCGGAGGUUUUGACCUAUCAGUUAAAACGGGCACCAGAUUCAGAACGUCGACACCUCAUUCUGGAGGUUCUUGGGUCACUCGGAGAGAGUGAUGGUCUAAAACUGCAGUUUGUGGAGAUGGGCGUGCCUGAGGCUCUCUCUGAAAUGAUUCGAACUCUUCAGGGUGGCUCUGACACACAUGACCUCUGCAGCAUCAAAGUGGCUUCAAACCUUAUAGUGUCCCUCCUACUGGGAGAUGAAUCAAUGCAGAAGUGUUUCGGGGAAGGUACAGGGACAGUGUAUCAGGAUGUUCUGUCUUGGCUGCAGUCAUCAAACACUGAGCUGCAGUUGUCAGGAGCUCUGGCCAUUGCUAACUUUGCCAGAAAUGACAGAAACUGUGUGAAGAUGUUAGAAUUAGGGGUCGUUCCUCAUAUUCUGGACCUGUUGGAGCAGCAUGUAACAGAGGGAGAUGUAUCUGUACAGCACGCUGGCAUCAGUGCACUUAGAAAUCUCGCCAUUCCAGCUUCCAAUAAGGUGCGUAUGUUGGAAGAUGGGGUCACUGAGAGGAUCAGGACACUUCUGCGCUCUGAUAUGCCCCCUGUCCAGUUCAAAUUGCUGGGCACUUUGCGUAUGAUGGUGGAUGGACAAGAGGAAGCGGCUUCAGUAUUAGGGAAGGAUGAGGUUCUUUUAGCUCGGGUCAUGGAAUGGUGUGAGGCUAAAGAUCAUGCUGGUGUCCGGGGCGAGGCCAACCGCCUUUUAGCAGCUCUCAUAAGACAUAGCCGAAACCCUGAAGUCAUCCACACUGUCAUUAAAGCAAAUGGAGUUCAACAUCUCAUCUCAAUGGCAACCAUUGAGCACGUCAUCAUGCAGAAUGAGGCUUUAGUUGCUUUGGCCAUUGCCUCUGCAAUAGACAUUGAGGCAAUCCAGGAACCAUUUCGAGAUGCAGAUCUCCUGUCCACCUUGCAGAAAAUGCUAGAUGACCCAGUUGUGGCUGUGGAGGUCAAAUUCAGCGCUUUAGGCCUCAUCUGCAGCCUUGCCAACUCCAGCAUGUUAAGGGAACAGAUAACAUUUCUAAACCUAAAGGACACCCUGUCCAAACUGUCCACUCACACCAGCACAAAGCUGGCUAAGCAGGCGGACACAGUGAUGGCUGUUCUUUCUGAAACUAGCUAGACUUUACUAGAUGUAACAAAUUAUUACACAUCAUAACAAUAGCACUACCACAACAGACUUCUGGCACAGUCAUCCUUCUGACACACAUGCACACGUGUCAUUUCUGGGUUAAUUUCUGACAUUUCAUCCCUACAAGGAAAGUGAAACACACACACAAACACACACACGGCUGGUGCGGCUAUCCUUAUGCCACACAUAGAUUAUAUCCCCUAACCCUACCCCUAAACCUAACCCUCACAAAACACUUUUGUGAAAAAAAAAAAAAAACACAAAAAAAAAAAACCACAUCUUUUAGUAGGUUUUUUAAGCAAUUUGAAUUUGGGGACACUAGAAAUGUCCUCAUAAACCACAUUUAUAGCAUAAUACCCUUGUAAUUACCAGUUUGUAACCUGAAAAAAUGUCCUCGAAAACCACCCAAACCUGCCCACACACACACACACACACACACACACACACACAGCUACUCCAUCCAGCUAGGCAUAAAUCAGACCAAAGCGAUAUAAAUUUAUCAUGCCUACUUUGGAGGAAGGUGAUAUGAUUUCAUCAUCUUAAGUAAGGAAAAAAUCAGUUUGUACAUGAUAGAAUAUGCCAUUUGUUGUCAGCUGACCCAGGAACAGGAACACUUGGAAGAACAUUGCAGUCUGCUGUUAUCAUCCAUCAAAGAGCAGUAAUGAACCUGCUGCCCUCUAAAACAAGCUCUGAAAAAGAAUCAGCUCUGUAAAUUCCAUGGGUUCUUUAUCUGUUCUGCUAUGUCCAUUUGCAAAUAACUUAGUAAAUAUCUGCAUACAAACAUGCAAGUUAUAAUGCUAAUUUAUUGUCCACUGACUUCCAUGGUAAGAACACUAGAUCUAGCAAAGCUCCUAUAUCUGUAUCUGUGAGUUUAAUGUCUAACCCUGGAAAUGAAUUUAACAAACAUGUAAUCUUUUGUUUUACAACAAUGUACCACACUAGUCAAGCAGUGUUAAAGGGAUAGUUCACCCCAAAAUUUUAAAUUGGUCAUCAGUUACUGUACUCACCAAUGGACAGCCUCAGUCCCUGUUCACAUAUAUUGUAUAGGAAAAAGGAGUAGCGUGAACACGGAAGAAAGUCACACAGGUUUGGAACAACAUGAGGGUGAUGACAGUGGGUGAACUGUCUCUUUCGUGUUAUGUUGUAUUUGUCUUGUGGUUUCUUUUAUCAGAUUAACACUGCUAAACCAAUAUUUAAUGUUUCAGUUAUGUAUUGAUGAAUGAAAAAAAUAAUGGUUAGAAAAGAGAAAAUAUGUCUCGGGUCGUGAUGUCUAUUUUCAUAUCAUAUAGCUGGCCUUACUACUUUAGUUUUCUGGUGUAGGGCUUUUUGAUGCAGAUUCUUUGAUCAUGUUGAUCAUUAUUUUCUAGCUAGCCAUGAGCACUAAACACUUCUCAAUCUCCAUAUUGUGAAAGCAAUAGCAAGAAAUGUAUCAAGAACAGUUCUUGAGCUUCCUAAGCAUGCAUUUAAAAAAAGCAGUUGUCAUUAAUACCUCUAGCAAGUGUUGUGUAAAUACUGUUGUUGUGUUUGCAUCUUGUAUCUUCAGUACGUCUUAACCUUCACAUGUUUGUUCAGUUUCUGUCAAGCCCAUACCUCACAUAAUAGACAAAACAUAUCAAUUUAAUGACUAUUGUGUAGGGGGGAAGUAAUGCUUUGCUUCAACCAUGUCUUUGAGUAUAUGGCCUCUAUAUUUCCCAGAGGGAAAUAGCCCAAGACCAAGGAUCAACUUUUAUUUUUUAACAAGCUAAAUGUGUGCUCCCACUCUGACGGAGCUUGGCCAUGGCCAAAUAAAGGCUUCAUGUAGCUCCGCAGUUCACCAAAAUGAUUUAGAAAGGCUUUUCACAGCUGGACCAAUGGCACAAUCUCCAUCAGUCCUUUAUAGCUGCUAAGCUAUUGGGUGUUGAUUACAUUUUUUAAUAAAUAUAGACUAUUUUUGUGUGUUAAGUGGAUGGUGUACCAGAACUGCUUGUUUCUGGCAAUAAAGUGCAACUAUAAC